AUUUUGUGAGUGGCAGGUUGCAAAGAGAUGACGCACUUGUUGCAUCGCGGCGGGCUCGUGACGGCGCUGUCUCGGACGCGCGUGCUUCGCGUGGAAGGUCCGGACGCGCUCAAGUUUCUUCAAGGCAUCUUUACCAACGAUGUCCAUGGCUUGAAGACUCGCGGGGAUGUGCGCUACGGCGCCUUCCUGAGCCACAAGGGACGCACGUUGACGGAUGCGGAGGUUGUUCUCCACGAGACAGACGCACUCUUCCUCAAAGUGGACGCAGCCGCGGAAGAAGACAUGCUCAAGCACUUGAAAAAGUACAAACUGCGGUCAAAGGUGACCAUUUCCGCAGCCCACGACUACGUUCGCGCGCACGCCAUCCUACCUUCGUUGGCAGAUCCCACCGCCACGCCAUUCCUUCCAUCGUGGACGGCCGAUCAAAACGAAACACACCGCGAUGGCGUCGUGUAUGUGGACCCCCGCAGCGCCGCCUUUGGGUCCACCGCCAUCCUUCCCGUCGAGCAUGCUUCCUGUACAAGCCUCGUCAUGCACUGUGUUGGUUCUCAUCUGUCUGGCUUUCGUGUAGUGGACAUUCCGUCCGAAUAUGUCGUGGCAGAGGACGAAGAUGUCGGCGAUUUGGCCGCGCAGGACCGCCGCAUCGUCCUCGGCGCUUGUUCCGGGUUGGAGUGGCGAGAUGGCAUCCCCCUUGAAUACAACUUGGACCUUCUCCAUGGCGUGAGCAUGACCAAGGGCUGCUACGUCGGUCAGGAGCUGAUUUCUCGCACACAUUACAAGGGCAACAUCCGCAAGCGCACCCUUCCGUGUCUGGUCGUGCCCGUUGCUGCAGAAGUUGAUAUGCCACCGCCGCCAUUUCCAUUCGGCUCGUCGGGUUCCUUGGACGCAUCGGCGGGGCUGGCGUGGGCGACGCAACAUCUCACCGCCGUCGCGCCGCCAGUGGAAGUCGACACCAAGCUGAUGGCGCACGAUGCGGCGGCUGGCAAGAUCGUCGCUGUGGCCACAGGGGUCAACGCCGUCGUGGCCAUGGUACGGCUGGAGCACCUGAACUGCGGGAACAUCGUCACAGACGACGGCCGCUUCCGCCUCCUCCCGUACUCGCCAGCGUGGUGGCCUGCACUCAACUUAAACACGGGCAAACUCCUGUCGUCGUAGGGUUUACGCGAUAGAACUAACUCUAUUCCCAUGCGAUACUGUCAUACCUUCGACUGUUUGUGGGGCGUGGGGUGGUUGGUAACGCCAUCCGCAAAACAGUGUCACAGCUGCAUGUAAUACUGUAGUACAUAUAUUAAUAGAUACUCCU